GGGUAUAUUUUCCGUGAGCUCGGGUAUGCACUGAUCUUGUCAGAUAGGUUUGCUGCCGACAAAUGGAAUGAACUAUGUCGACAUAACGAAAGAUCGCAGUAUCACUGGCAAUUGGCUGAUCGAUCCUCACGUGUCGCGACCCAAAUUCUACAAUGGUGUACCGCGACCUAGACCUAGUGGACCAGAAUCUGAUGGACAAUGGAUUGCAGAAAUCCAUGAGUGGUUCCCUCGGACCGGAAUAAGAUACAACCUCAAGCUCCAGUCAGCAUCUUAUAUCGAUGCUUCCUUGCAGAUUGGUUCCAGUCGACCUUACGGGAAUGUCUGCACCCAGGAGUCUGGAGGAGGUAUCCGUCAUGAUCACGUUACGGUUUUUUCCAUAGCACAAAAAGAUAUCAUUCUUCACUUGAGCAGGAGAGAUGAGCAUGCCGUGCGACUAUUUGCGUCCAGCAAAUAUGGUGAUGUACAAGUGUAUCUCCCUGACAACUUCAGCGGCGUAGUUGUGCACCAAAUGCUCAGCAAUGUUGACAUUCAUGAAACUUGUUCAUCUCGAGUGGUGGAGAGCCUAUAUGAAUACGAAAUCCAAUCCACAGGAUUAACGAAAAGCUGGCUAGGGGAUCGUGACAGCGAUAGGAGAGAGGACGAGUUAUAUAUCUUUGCGCCGAAUGGCAGAGUACACAUUCUCUAUCAUGGGGAGUCGAUCCUCACUUCUUAUCUUCUUGCCUGGAAAAUUCAACAAUGCCUCGUGGAGUACGUCGGCCCACUGUUUGCUUUUCUCCUGUUCUUUGGGUGCUGUCAGAACCAUGCUUCAUCAUCUUUACUUCCAUUGUCAGGUGGAUCUUUGUAUAGAAACCGAUUGUUACUCGGAAUGUUUACAACCCACAGUAGCACAUUAGAAUGGCCCUGUCGGAUCGUACUGCAACGUGGCUGACAGGACAGCGGGGUAACUACCAUCAUCUCCUUAUGACAUUUUCACCCGAAUAUCACGUUUCUGC